UCUUUUUCUUUUCUUUUUUUUUUUGGAACAAACUCAUGUACCUUUAUUUUCGUUCGAUCCAAAUUCCCUGAAUUUCAUUCUUUCUACCUCUGAUCUCUGCAUAAUUUCGAGAAAAAAUCGAAACUUGUUGGAAGAUGAUGAGCUUUUGAUAUAGAAUUGGAGAAAUCAGGGUUAUAUACUCAUGAAAAUGCGGUUGUUUUCAUCGAAUUCAAGUGGCACAAAGGGGCAGAGUAAAGGACGAAACAACCGUGCUUUGUUGUAUCUCAAUGUAUAUGAUCUCACACCUCUAAAUAACUACCUUUACUGGUUUGGACUUGGGAUAUUCCACUCGGGUAUUGAAGUGCAUGGUUCGGAAUUUGGCUUUGGAGCCCAUGAGUACCCCAGCAGUGGUGUGUUUGAAGUGCAACCAAGAAGUUGUCCUGGCUUCAUUUUUAGACGGUCAGUGUUGUUGGGUAGCAUUGACAUGUCUCAUGCAGAGUUUCAGUCUUUCAUGGAGGAGCUUUCUCAAAAAUAUCAUGGGGACACAUAUCAUUUGAUUGCCAAGAACUGCAACCAUUUUACUGAUGACAUAUGUAAGCAGCUCACUGGAAAGUCUAUUCCUGGAUGGGUAAACCGGCUGGCUAGACUAGGAUCGUUCUGUAACUGUCUUCUGCCGGAAAAUAUUCAAGUUGCUGCAGUUCAACAUCUUCCAGCAUAUUCUGAUGAUGAAGGAUCAGAUUCUGCUGCAACAUCUCUAACAACCAUAAGCGAAGAAGGGGCAGAUCAUUAUCUGCUCACUACACCAAAUAGCGAUGUUGCAUUUCUAAAAGACAAGCCAGUGCAGAUAGCAAAGGAAGAAAUAUGAUCUUUUCUCAAAUCUCGCUUCUGUGUCACGGGUCUUCUGUUGUUAGUCCUCGUGUAUGAUCUCAAAUCCAUCACUGAAUAUGCCUGCGCUUUUCCAAAGGGCCGAGGCACAAGACUAACGUGCCAUCUAGUUCUUUCUCCUAAAUUGUAUUAUUUUUGUAAUUUAUAUCAUUCCAUAGUGAAUGUUGUACUUCCUAGCUUCAAUAUAUUAUUCUUUACACAGCUAUUGAUACAAAAACAACAGUUUAUUAUGCUUGAGUUUACCUUAUUUGUUUUUGUCUGUGCUCUACAUCAAACAAUGAUUUACGUAGUGUUAUGUGGAAGGUGUUUGGGACAAAAGCCUAUUGGAGACAUUUUCUGCAAAUCUGUGUUGUGGAAGCUGCGUGUAUUCUUGAUAUAAAGUCGUUGGUUGGUUUCACCUUUGGAAGGCUUUUCUGUGGCUUGAAUACAUAGACACUUUGAUC